AUGUUUCUCGAGUUGUCCUUCGCAUCUUCGACCGAGGACAAGAAGAUGUCUGCGUCCAAGGCUUUAAGAAGCUGGCAAAACGAUUACGAAGACAAGGACGAAAUGUCGCUUGAUGAACUCAUCUCCGACUUCCAGCAGAGUGCCACAAGAAGUCGAUCAAGGUUGAGCCAAAGUAAACGAAGCUCCAACGCCCCGUCACAAUCAAAAACGCCACCUUCAAAGAACUCAAAAGCAAAAGCAGACACUAAUCGUCAGCGCGCGUUGAGACCACAGUCCACGAAGAUAAAAGCAACUAGUCCAACUUUUAAGACCAUGAAACGUGACGACUCCAGUGACGACGAAGCCGCAGUGUCCCCUAUGCCUCGAAUCGAGCACGUACUUAGGAAUCGACCUUCAUUCGCGAGUAAACGCUGCAGCGCCUGCUCUUCUGUAUCAACGCAAGCCAAACCAACGAGGUCGACUCAAAUGCGCAAACGUCAAGAUAAGUCGCCUGUCUUGUCCUCACCAUCACUUACUCCACCUUCGCUCUCUCCAGUCACGUCUUCCUCGACCACAUCUUCUCCGCUAUCUGUAUCGAAUGACAUCUACACGUCUGGAACGCCCGAUGAAGACUCCAUCGACGCGUUGAUUGGGAAAGAGAUCCGCGAUCUCAAUGAUUUGAUCUCUACUGGCAGUCGAGUCAAGGCAAAAUCAUCAGCAACCGACGAUGUUUCGAACGUGAUUCGACAAAGUACGCGCUUCGGGAAGACAUCGCCAAAGAAUCUCCGUUCCUCGCUUCGACUUCGAAUCCCCAGAGAGAGAAAAAUUAGAGCAUCCACGCCGGAGUCGCCUCCACCACCUCCACCUCCGGAAGAUUCCGAAGACGAUGAGGAAGACUCAUUCGCUGAGGAGAUCCGGAAGCUCCGAGAGAGUCGUCGGCUGAGCUCAAUGGCCACUAAAACAGCCGAGAAAGAGUCCGAAAAAGAGGAAAGUUCCGACUUUUGUUCCGUGACUGCGUUGCGCGUCCGGAACGCUUCGAACACCAUCAGUGAACUGCUUCUAGAGGCCUUGAAGCCAUUUGAGGGCAAAGUGGGGGCAGACGAGGAAGCCAAAACACUCAAAGAGGAGACGAGUAAAGGUGACGCGGCAAUACGGGACGCAGCGAGUGCUGAGCUGCAAUGUGCCACUCAGACGAUCGUGUCGCAGCUGGAUCUGACGUUCGCCGACAUGACGGAGCGUCGUAAGGCCGAUUUGAAGGCCGACGAAGACGCCGCAGCAGCUGCGAAAGACGCGGAGAAGCGAGAGAAAGAAGCAGCUGAAGAGGAGAAGAAGACAGAGGAGAACGAGGCAAAGGAGAGCGAGAUGGAGAUACUCCGACUGAUCCCCAUGCAGGGCAAACUCCUCACGUGCUCAACUGACAUUGAAAACGUGCUACAACAACUCGACAGUGCUGACAUAUCACACAAUGAAUUGAAGGUUGAUGCCGAGAUCAGAGCACUACGGAGCGUCACAGAGCGCAGAAUCCAAGAGAUCGAAGCAAGAAUGACCGCGACAGCAGCGUCCAAUCAGGAACCGGGUGUUGGCAUCUCGUGGCGUAACGUCGACUGGGUUCAAGACAACCUCAAGGUGGACCCUGUACAGGACAACGUAUCUUUAUCUGAAGAGCCCGAAGAUCCCACUGUAAACGUUGAGUCAUCAGAAACGGAAUCGUCUUUCGAGGAAGUACUACAGCGGCAGGUGUUAGAGAAGCUGGACCUGACUAUGCUCAAACUCAGGCACGUCCUCGCUAUUGACACGAAAGAAGCUGAUGAGAUGAAGGAGACGCAACAACGGGAGCAAGCGGAGCAAGAGCAACAGCAAGCGCAACUACAGAAAGAAAACGAGGAGAAGCAGCGCGCAACGGAAGACGCGGAGACAGCGAGACGACGAGUGAUGGGGCUUUCAUCCCUUGACGACGUCGAAGGUUGGCUCGACGAAGGACGAAGGCUGCAGGAUCGACUCUGGUGCAGCCAGUCGCUGAACCGUUUGAUGGCGACGAUGGAGAACCGAACGGAGAUAGAGGACGACGCAGACGAGUUGCUCGUGACAUUCAGCAUGAAGUGA